AUGGCCCUUAAGGCUUUCUGUCCUCAAACAAACAAAGCCUCGGUACUGAGAGACGAUCCAAUAAUUUACAAGCUACUCUUUCGUGUUGCUCCACCUCCAAAAGACUCAACUGGACGCAUAGGACCUCGAUUUCUUUGGAGUCUCGUCAGCCUCUCCAGACGCAACACCGUCGACCAAUCAGCAAGCGGCAGUCCCAUCGUUACACGUCUCAACAUCGAGUCCUUCGAAUUCAAGCACCUUGCAUUGGUGAUUAAGGUAGGAUCUCGAGGCUUUUGCCUCGUUCAGAUCAUAAAGUAUCACAAAGGCCUAGAAAUGCAACUCUUCGACUCUGCUUAA